GUCAGAACAGCUGUCAUUGCAUAUUCUAUUUUUAUCUGAACAUUUUGAGUUCUAUAAAAUCUGCUUGAAAAAAAUUAAUUCUAUUCAUUAUGAGAAAAUAAAAAUAAAAAUAAACAGUAUCAGGGAGAUAAUACGUUUUUUUGAAAGAGAGAAUCAAUGUCUAUGGUUCUACUCAUAUGAAUAUAGGAUACUAUUGAUACGAUUACUUCAAUGUCUGUGUUUCUGGGUGCGCUGCAUCGAAUUCAUAAUUUUCAUUCUUUGUAAUAUUAAUGAAAUUUUUGAUAUUUCAAAUAGAAAUCCGCCUUAUCGUUUAAGAAAGAAUUUCUUAAUUUUAAUCCAUCAAGAUGAUGCAACCACAAAUAGUUCUUCUGAAGGAAGGAACUGAUUCUUCACAAGGCAAGCCUCAACUUAUAUCCAAUAUUAAUGCCUGCCAGUCUGUAGUUGAUGCGGUUAGAACCACCCUUGGCCCAAGGGGUAUGGAUAAGCUAAUCAUUGAUAGAAAUGCCAAAGCUACCAUAUCAAAUGACGGUGCAACUAUUUUGAAAUUAUUAGAUAUUGUGCAUCCUGCCGCCAAAACAUUAGUCGAUAUUGCUAAAUCACAAGAUGCCGAAGUAGGAGAUGGAACAACUAGUGUUGUCUUAUUAGCUGGUGAAUUUUUGAAACAAAUUAAACCUUUUGUUGAAGAAGGUGUACACCCAAGAAUUAUAAUCAGAGCUGUCAGAAAAUCUCUCCAACUCUGUAUAUCUAAAACAAACGAACUGGCGGUCAAAAUAAAUAAACAAAAUGCUGAUGAGUUUCGUUCAUUAUUAGAGAAGUGUGCAGCUACAGCAAUGAGUUCCAAACUGAUUAACCAGCAGAGAAAAUUCUUCUCGAAAAUGGUUGUUGAUGCUGUAUUAAUUCUUGAUGAACUUUUGCCUUUAAAUAUGAUUGGAAUUAAGAAGGUUCAAGGAGGUGGUCUAGAAGAAUCUUUAUUGGUUGCUGGUGUAGCUUUCAAGAAGACCUUCUCUUAUGCUGGAUUUGAAAUGCAGCCAAAAAUAUACAAAGAUUGUAAAAUAGCUCUCCUCCAAAUAGAGCUUGAAUUAAAAGCCGAAAGAGAUAAUGCCGAAGUUCGUGUUGAUAAUGUGAGGGAAUAUCAAAAAAUUGUAGAUGCCGAGUGGAAUAUAUUAUAUCAAAAAUUGCAAAAAAUUCAUGAGUCAGGAGCUAAUGUUGUUCUUUCUAAGUUGCCUAUUGGUGAUGUAGCCACCCAGUACUUCGCAGAUAGAGAUAUGUUCUGCGCCGGUCGUGUUCCCGAAGAAGAUCUCAAACGAACCCUUAAGGCCUGUGGAGGAGCAGUUCUUACUACUGUUCACGAUCUUAAUGAUUCUGUUUUGGGAAAAUGUGAUCUUUUUGAAGAACGACAGAUUGGUGGUGAACGUUUCAAUUUCUUCCAAGGCUGCCCCAAUGCAAAAACUAGCACAAUCAUUCUCAGAGGUGGUAGUGAACAAUUUUUGGAAGAGACUGAAAGAUCCUUGCAUGAUGCUAUCAUGAUCGUGAGGAGAACUAUCAAAAAUGAUGCUGUAGUAGCAGGAGGAGGUGCAAUAGAGAUGGAACUGUCUAAAAUGUUGAGAGAUCACUCUAAAAACAUCUUAGGCAAGGAGCAACUUCUAAUUGGAGCUAUAGCUAAGGCCUUAGAGAUCAUUCCAAGGCAAUUAUGUGACAAUGCUGGCUUUGACGCAACAAAUAUUUUGAAUAAACUCCGUCAGAAACAUGCACAGGGACAUUGUUGGUAUGGUGUAGAUGUUAGUAAAGAAGACAUCAAUGACAACUUUGAAACUUGUGUCUGGGAACCAGCAAUUGUUAAAGUUAACGCUUUAACUGCUGCCACAGAAGCAGCUUGUUUAGUAUUGUCUGUAGAUGAAACCAUCAAGAACAAAAAAUCUGAAGGAGCGCCUGCAGCACCUCAAGGUAGAGGCUUUGGUCGUCCUAUGUAGAAUUACAUAAUUUAUAACAUUUUCACUAAAUCCAUUGACUUUGUACUUUGUACCAUUUUGCUGCAUAAACAAGUAUUUUGCAAGUUUUAUUUAUCUUUUGAAAUGAUUAUGAUUCUAACUCUUGAAUAAAUAUUUAACUUAA